CCACUUACACGGUCACAAGUUUGCCAUCGUACACAAAUCUUGGAACGUUGCCUCUGACGACCCAGAGCUCAACCCACCCGUCCAAGAGGGACUUGCCAACCCACUCUGGCGCGACACCUUCCAAGUUCCACCAGACGGCUCAGUGACGAUCCGAUUCCACACCGAUAACCCUGGUGCAUGGCUCUUCCACUGUCACAUCGAAUGGCAUCUCCAAGCCGGUCUCGCCUUCACAUUCCUCGAAGCCCCUACGAUGGCCCAACAGUUUGUCCACCCGCCCGACUUUAUGUACGAGCAGUGUCGUAAAGUUGGUACACCGUAUACGGGUAAUGCGGCUGGGCACAACUCGACGACGGAUUUGAGCGGGUUGAAUGUGGGACCGUACCCACUCAAAUUAGGAUGGACGCCCAAGGGCAUUGGUGCGAUGUUUGCUUGCGUGUUCAGUGCAGUGUGUGGUGGUCUCACGAUUGCGUGGUAUGCGUUUAUGGGACAACCCGUGUCGGCAUGA